AGGAGAUAAAACAACAACAUUUGAUACUACACUGAAGAGAUGACAUGGCAGCAUCGAAAAUGAAAAACAAAUGUAUUUGCCAAAUUUGUACUUGUGGGAGACACCGUUGUCCUCAUAAUAGAGGUAGUUUAAAGAGUAUUCCAGAUACAUCUGGGGACUGUAAACUUGCGUCUGAAUAUCAAGAGAAAUUUGAAGGUAUGGACUAUCAAAAGCCUAGAGAAGCCAUACGUCCAACAAAAAAAGAACCAAGUAGUCCAGUACCAAUGGAUAUGACAACUAUGUACACAGAAACAUUUGUCACUCACGAGAUAAUGCCCAGAAAAAUCAGAAGCAAGGAACAAUUUGUGCCAUCAACAACUCCAAUGAACAAGAGGACGACAUACAAAAUGGACUACACAGCAAAGGAGGGUAAGAGAACUAAAUCGUAUGCCCCAGAAUACCAGUAUGUUGAGAGACGUACAAAAUUCAACAGUAGCACUAUCCACAAUACAGCUUUCAAAGGUUUCAAUGAAGAGGACAUGAAGAUAUGUAGACCAAGGACUAUAAGACACAAGGAGAACCUUACUGCACCAGAGGAGAAGUUCAAAUGUGCAUCAACAGUUCAAGAUGAUUACAAAGAGCACACAAAUCUUGAACGCACCAAACCAAUCAUUCCAAAACAAGAGGGCUUCCAAGACCACAAUGAGAAGUUUGAUGAUAGAACCAUGUAUAAAGACACAUAUGGCACAGAAAAACCAUUGAGUGAACCACCAAAAAGAAUAAAGAAAAAAGAAUCUACGCUGAAACCUGCAACAUUCUUCAGUGAAACUACAGUUAUGGCAGAUUACAAACCACAUGUGAAUCCCAAACGAGCCAAGUGUUACAAGCCUAAAGUGAAGCCCAUCAGUACUAAGGUUCCAUUUGAUGAUCGUACAACAUGCAGCAUGGCAUAUAAAGAAUGGGAAGUAAAAAAACAUGUCAAGCCAAUAUGGGCCAACAAAAAGGCAUAUGAUCGACCAAACAUAAUCUUCACAAAGCUAAGUUCAUACCAAGAAGACUUCCAAACACCAAAAGACUUUGAGAAAGCACUUUGCAAGCCAAUAAAGAAUGAACUGGAGAUGGACCAUAGCAAGAAAAAGGCCCCUUUUUGUAUGACUACCCACUACCAGGACAUGUUCACAGAGCUGGAUGGAAAAAGACCUGACAGUUUCAAAGUGGUCAACAUCUACAAACCUCCAAAGGAGAAAUUUCAAGUUGAAUCACAUCAACAAAGCCAAUAUAAAGGGGCCUAUAUAGAACCAGCAAUAAUAUGCCGCCCACCCUCCCAGAGUGAAAAAGUAUCUCGUGGCAAGAUGAUAUUUGACACCACCUACAGGAAGUGUUACACGGGAGAAAACUCAGUGAGUUGUCCAGUGUAUGGACUCCCCUUAGAGGAGACAAACCAGCUAGGAUCCCCAGUCCUCAAGACAAACACAAAGGACUCCAGACAAGGGGACAAAAAUCCUGAUGGCAAAUCUGAUUUCAUUUUCACUAUGACCCGUCAUGGCCAUAAAUUCUUCAGCGAUGUGAAAUCCCCACAGAAAAAUGCAAUUUAAAUGGAGUAUUUUUAAUUGAUGCAGAGUGAUCCCUAUUUAUGGGACAAUUUGAGAAUUUUAUUAUUAUACAACUUUUACAAUCCAAUCUUAUCAAUUCCAUGAAGAGUGGAUAACAAUAAAUAUUAGGACCUUUAAAUUCAUAUUAUGUGCAGGCUACCAUACUCAUAAGCCCUUUACCUAAUAUUUACAAUACAUUCUUAAAAACAUUUAUUUUCUGAAAUCAUAAUUAUAAGAAAUGAAAGAGUUUUUAAAAAUAAAUAAUUUACAGGUUUUGCUCUUUUAUUCUGUUAUAUUCAAUUAGAUUCAUAAAUAAACAUGACUUACAAAGAGG